AUACAGACAUGACAGAAUAUCAAUCUGAAGAGGACUUAAACAGCGAAACAAGCUCAGUUACUGAUAACAUGACUCAGACAUUUCCUGUGGAACAUACGGAUGUAAACGAAAACACUAAAAGAUUUAUUUACAAAAAAAGUAAAAGAAUGGAGGAAAGAAAAAAGGAUGAAGAGUCAGAAACCAUGCCGAUUGAUCCAUCACAGAUCAAGACGGAACACUCAGACAUCUUCGACAUUGACUCCUUAGUCCAUACCAUUAAUAGAAACUCUGAGAUUUGUCCAAGGAAGUUCAAUAAAUCGUACAGAGAUAUUGAGACAGAAUUGGUUAUGACAGAAAUAACUGGAUCACAAACUGGUUCCCCAGUUCAAAAAGAAACAGUAGUGAGCAUUAAAAAGGAGCCCAAUAGUUCACCUAUCAAAGGUUUGAUGCAAAUGGCAAUGCAAAAAGGGUUAGAAAAUAGGGACCAGUGGGGCAACUUCCGUGAGUUUGAUAUUGACAGUGUUGUUAAUGUUGUCAAUAGAAGAGAUGAGGGGAGACAACUGGCAGAUUGUCAUGUGAAACUAGAAGACCAGGGGAGACAAUUGUCUGAUUGUCAUGUAAAUAUUGUCAAAAUAGAGGACCAGGGGAGACAACUUGAAGAUGGCAUUGUAAAUUUUGUAAAAAGAGAAAACCAUGGGGUAGAACCAGUAGAUAGUAAUAUCAGUAUUGUGAAAAAAGAAAAGCAGGGGAGGCAACUAGAAGAUGAGGCAUAUUUAGGGAUGGAUGAUAUUGAAGCUCUUGUUCAUUAUACGAAUAGAAAACUGCCUUUAGUCAGUUCUGCAAAGAACAGUGCUUCUAAACAGCCUGCAUCGUCAGCUAAACUUCAAACAAUUGUCGGCCUGCGACUGACAGAAGACAACAAGGGAAGUAAAUCUCCAAAUAAGAAGGGAGAUAACUCUUUAGCAUUAUCACCUCAAAUAAAAAAGAACUAUAAGAUAAAAGACUGUUCUGUGGUUAUGGACACUGAUAUUGACAUUCAGUCUAAACUGCUGAAUUUACAGAAAAAUUCAGAGUCUGAAAAGGAAGACAUGAGCAGGAGUGAACAUGAUUUGAAGAGAAGUGGUGGUGUUUCUGAUUCAGUUUUAGAAAAUGUUGCAAAGAAACCAAAAAUUGGUCCUAAAUGUAUGAAAAGACAAGAAAAGGAUGUCGUAAAAGAUCAGAAAAAGUCUAAAUUUGUUUUUGACCACAAAGCCAAAGUUAUGAAGCUGAAUUUAUCAAGGUUGGAUACAAAUCUUGAAGCAAAUAAGACUGAUAAAAAGAUUGACAAAGAAGUGACAAAAAAGUUGGAAAUUGAAAGUGAAAGGAGAAAGGAGAUAUCUCCUUCUCUUAAAGAUAAGGAACAAUCUGAAAGUGAAAGUAAACAGACAAAAACUUCAGUAGAGAAUAAAGAAAAAGAAAGAUUGGAUAAUGAGAGACGGCAUAUAAAAUCUUCUACAGAUGGAAAUAGGAAACAGGACAGAAAAGGUGAAGGUAACAGUCAGGAAUAUUUAGACAAACAUAAACAUUCAGAAAAACCUAAACAUCCACAUUCAGAAAAUCAUAAGCAUGGAGGUUCAGAAAAACAUAAACAUCCGCAUUCAGAAAAUCAGAAGCAUGAAGGUUCAGAAAAACAUAAACAUCCGCAUUCAGAAAAUCAGAAGCAUGAAGGUUCAGAAAAACCUAAACAUGAACACUCAGAUAAGCAUAAACAUGGAAAUUCAGAAAAGCAUAAAGAAGUCAAAGGAGAAAAUUCUGAAAAGAACAAGAAUUUGCCUGAUAAAAGUGGGUUGAAAAAUAGAGAGGAUGACAAAUAUAUGAAAUCAUCAAAAAGUCUAAAGAGGAAAGCAGAUGAAGAUGAAAGCAUUGCAAUUAAAAAGUCAAAACAUGAUUACAAAACUGAAAACUAUGAGGAAAAGAAAAAUUCCACGAAAAAACAUGAGACUAAAAAUAUAUCUGUUGAGUUAAAGAAGAAAGAAAAUAAAAUGGAAGAAAAACUAAAUGAACCAUCGAAGAAAUUGGAUGAAAGCUCAAGUAAUACUUCUAAAACUAUAGAAUUGACAUUGAAAUGUAAACUUUGUAAAGAAAUCCAUAGUUCUAAAUCAGCAUUAGAAAAGCACAUGAUUAAUGUUCAUAAAACCAAACUGGGUCGUAAAAGAUUUGGAUGUAAAAUUUGUACUCAAUCUUUUGAUACAACGUCUAUUUUGAUCAAACAUAUCCAAUUGCACAAAGAGGAAAGUAGAAAAAGAGGUGAAGAAAAAGGAACCACAGAAACUGUUGAAACAAAAACAAGAGAACAAAAAGGAAAGAUGGAAAUUAAAAUAAGAGAACAAAAAGAAGGAACAGAAACAAAAAUAAGGGAACAAACAGGAAAAACAGAAACAAAAAUAAGAGAGCAAGAAGGAAAGAAAGUCAUGAUGAAAACAAAAACAAGAGAACAAAAAGAUAAAACAGUAACAAAAGACACAAAAACAAGAGAACAAAAAGGAAAGACUGAAACAUUGGACACAAAAACAAGAGAACAAAAAGGAAAGAUAGAAACAGUAGAAACAAAAAUAAGGAGAGAAAAAUUGGCAAUAAGUCAUGUCAGUGACAAAAUGGAAGGAAAAACCAAAAUCUUGGAUGACAUCAAAAAAGGAGAGAAGUCUCAUCAGGAACACAAAUGUGUCGUCUGCAAGGAGGUUUUCAACUCUUCACGUUUACUGGCACAGCAUAUGAAAAAACACAGCAAUCUUCAGUGCAGUAUAUGUGAUAAGUACUAUAAAUCAAAGAGAGAGCUAGAGAAUCACGAAAGAUCUCAUACCAAGGGAAAUAAUUCAAAGAAAAAGUCAGAGAAUCAAGAAAAAUCUAAUUCAAAGGGAAAUAACUCAAAGAAAGAGUUAGAGAAUCAAGAAAAAUCUAAUUCAAAGGGAAAUAACUCAAAGAAAGAGUUAGAGAAUCAAGAACAAUCUAAUUCAAAGGGAAAUAACUCAAAGAAAGAGUUAGAGAAUCAAGAACAAUCUAAUUCAAAGGGAAAUAACUCGAAUAACAAGUUAGAGAAUCAAGAGAAAUCUCAUUCAAAGGGAAAUAACUCAGUUAAUGCAAAAUCUUCAGUGAAGAAUAUAGAUGAGGAUGAAAAUGAACCAGAAACAAAUGACCUUGACCCAUCAACCACAGACAAAAUUACAGAUAAGUUCCCUUGCAUUAAAUGUUCAAAAGUUUUUGAAUCUAAAGAAGAUUAUGAAAAUCACAUGAAGACACAUAUGAGCCUCAUCACACCAGAAUUAGCAGGAAAAAGUAUCUUCCCUUGUACAAAGUGUAGCGGCUUGUUUACCAAGAAAGAAGAUUUACUCAACCAUAUUAAAGUUCAUGAUGAGAAGGUGUCAAAGUGUGACAUAUGCCAUAAGGUAUUUCCAAAUGAUGGUGAACUUGUUGAACAUAAGAAAUUCCAUAAUAUUCCUGAGACUUUGAAAUGUACUGUUUGUUACCUCAGUUUUCAAUCAUCAUCUGAAUUGGACGAGCAUGUUCAGAAACACAAAGGCCAAGAAAAACACAAAUGCGACAUCUGUUUUAAAAGCUACACAAAAUUCAGCGAGCUUGAAGAACAUCGGGAAAGAUUACAUAACAUCUACAGUAAAAAGUGUAUCAAGUGUCAUGUGGUAUUUUUCUCAUCUUCAGAAUACGAAAACCAUUUGGAAACCGAAUGUGUCUCGAAACAAAAUACAUGUGACGUGUGCAUGCAAAUAUUCAAAACGGAAUCAGAACUACAAAAACAUUUACAAGUUCACGAAGAGAGAAAAGACAUUGUUUGUUCUAUCUGCUCCAAGAAAUUUGAUAGUUUGAAAGAAUUAAUGAAUCAUAAAGAAGUACACAUGUACCAGAAAUGUAAAAUUUGUUUUAAAAAGUUUGUAUCGGAAGACAUUUUGAAUGAACACAUGAAAGUACAUUACGGUAAAAAUUGUCAACAAUGCAAUAUUUGUGGGAAGUGUUUUCCAUCAGAGAGGCUUUUCAACGAACACAAAGAUGCGGAGCAUCCUAACGCAAAGGUAAAAUGCGACAUAUGUCAGAAUACCUUCAAAACAUUCCCUGAAUUGGUUAAUCACAUGAAAAAACAUGAGCCGGAAAAGUUUGAUUGUAAAGAUUGCGAUAAAUCAUUCAGCUCUAAUAAACAAUUGUCAAAUCAUUGGAAAAUGGAGCAUAACAAAGGGAUGAGUUUCAUGUGCGGACAUUGUAAAAUUCCAUUUAAAACUGAAAAAGAAUUGACCACCCAUGUCAAAGAUUGUCAUGAUAAUGUAGAAUAUAAGUGUGGAUUAUGCGAGAAGACAUUUUUAUCGGAAAAGAAAUUGACUGAUCAUAUGAACACGCAUACAGCUCAAUUUCAAUGCGGAAUUUGCCAAAAGCAAUUUGGAGAAGAAGAUCAACUUCUUGAACACAUUAAUGAACAUACUAUUAUAUCUGAUGUUACUCUAGAUGUUCCUGAUGUGCCAGCUGUUCCUACUCAUGUUCCUGCUGUUCAACCAGAUGUUCCUGUGGUUCAAACUGUUCUUCCUGAUGUAAUUCCAAAAGUAGUUAACUUACCCUGUGACAAUUGCGGUGAUAAAUUUACUACUCAAAGUGCUCUUGACAACCAUGUGAAAAAUUGUAAGAUUGUUGAGGAAUUUCAAUGUGGAUAUUGUAAAUGUUUCUUCAGUUCAAACGACACUUUAGUUCAACAUAUCAUAACGCACAUGGCAGCUCCUGCGUACAGUUGCGAUAUCUGUGGAGAAGUGUUCAAGUUGAAGGCGGAUUACGAUAAACAUCAACACAGCGGUGAUAAACAGAGAGUUUUCAAAUGUGGAAUAUGUCCAUUUGUGGGAAAGACUAGGAACAGUUUGAUGAAACAUCUAGAAACACAUUUGUAAAGAAAAAAUGUUAAAAAGUCCUCAAUUUUUUUUAAUUGCUUUAAUCAUUACCAAAGCCGACUUAUAUUUGUAAUCAAUUAACUUUCAAUUGAUGAAUUUUGCUUUAAUGUUUAUUCUUUAUUUUUGUUGGAUUCCAUUUUUUGUGGAUUGUUGAAAUUUGAAUUUUGCUGUAUAUCUGUUUUUCGUAGAUAUGCCAAAGU